AUGAUUUAAAAUGAUGUUCACUUAACUCCUACUAAGGUGAUCAACUACUAGAAUUCCAAAGGAGAUCAAGUAAUGCCAAGAUUUUCAUCAGUCACUAGAAACGAUAUUAAAAAUCUCAGCUAUUAGCAGACAGAUGACAAGUACCAGGAAUAAGAAUAAGAAGAGAUGAAUGAGUUAAGAGAAAAUGAGUAUGACUAGCUUUUUAGGUCAAGAAAUGAAUAUGAAUCUCUCUGUAUUAUAUGGUCCAACUCUGUACUCCUCAGCAACCUAUAUAAUUUUACAACUUGUUGUUAUUUCCUUGGAAUUGCAGGUUUCCCUUUUGAAUACUGGAUAUAUUGUGAAUUCUCAGCCGAAGUCAUUCUAAUUUUCGAUAUUUUAUUGAGACUAUUAUUUACCAUCUAACUGAACUAUCCCAGAGAGGACCUAAAUUAAUUAUGGAUUGCCUUUAUCAGAAUUUUUAAAUUAUUCCGACUGAAUCAGUUCAGCCAGUACUUUGAUAAGAGAGAUAUUCGCACAAAGAGAAACUCCUUCUUAAGAACUGUUGAAUCCAUAAUCUAAAUUCUUAUGGUAACUCAUUUACUUGGCUGCAUUUGGCUUUUCGUAGGAAGGGUAGAUCCAAAUUAAAGUAAUAAUUGGCUUUCACUUGAGUAGUAUGAAAGAUUUGGAGCACCAGACAUUCAAAAGUACAUUGAUUCAGUUUUUUUUGUUAUAUCAUCAAUGACUGGUCUGGGAUUUGCUUAUAUAUACCCCAGAACAAAUUUAGAGUACCUAAUGUAGAGCAUUAUCAUGGUAGUAGGAGUGAGUACUUAUGCCAAUUUUUUCGGUUUUUUCGCAGUUUCAAUCUACAAUCGUAACAGGAAAAGACUAGAAAAUAUGCUCAGACUCUAGGAAUCUAAAAAUUUGGCAGUUCUUAGAAAUUUUCCUAUUGAAUUAAGAAACGAUAUCAGGCAUUUUUAUAAUGAUUUAAGACUUAGAUACGAUAACUUGUGUGAUAAGUUCGAGAUUCUUUAGGAGCUGCCAAAUAGUUUGAAAAGCGAGUUAUCCUUGUUUAUAAAUAGCGAAAUAAUUCAAAAAGUUAACUUCUUCUAAUUUGCUGAUCCAGGAUUCAUUCUUACUAUUUCGAGAUUACUGAAACCUAAAUUAAGCCUUUAAGAUAACUAUAUUUUUUACAAAGGAGAAGUAGCUACUAAAAUGUAUUUUAUCAAGAGAGCAUCUGAUUUAAUUUAAACUUUAGAAAGUUUUCCUAUUCAAGAUAAGUUUUUAAGAGCUGUCGGGAAGUAAAGACUUAAGACAACAAAUCCAGAGGAUCUUAUAGAGAAAGACAGAGAUUUUGAGAUAGCAGCAUAGGAGUAGAUUUAACUUUAGUCUAUUGACAGUAAAUCUCUAAUGGGUAACUUGUUUGAAAUUCAGAAAAAAGACCAGCACAUUGUUUAAAAGGAGCAAAAUUUGAUGAUUCUCAAUAAUUUAAAGACAGAAAUACCUAUUAAAGUUAAGAUCUACCUUACUAAGGAAUACAGAUACAUUCCACACUUCAUCAUUAUUCCUUUCUCAUUCUUGUAUUAUAUAUGGACUUCACUUUUUACAGUGGCAUUUGUAUAUCACCUGCUCUAUGUUCCUUUCUCAAUAGGACUGGAUUAUGAAGUUGAGGGUGAAUUCUAUAUUAUUGAUAUAAUUGCCUUAUCUAUUAUGAUAUUCGAUUCAUUAUUACGUCCAUUUUUAGCUAUCGAUAAAUCAACCGAAAUAGACAUUAAUAAAAGCAGAAUCCUAUCAAUUUAUGUUUCAAAUUACAUGCUACACGACAUUGUAGCCUCAAUACCUCUUGAUUACUUGUUAUUAUUAGUAGAUAAUACGAGGCAUGCUAGACAAUUUUUUAGGCUACUAAGAUUAUUUAAGUUCUAUAGAAUUAGAGAAAUCGUAUCAUUAGUAAGAAAGCACACAAGUGUAGAUGAACCUCUCUUCAGAAUAUGCCUUUUGUUCCUGAUAUUUAUUAUAACAGCUCAUUGGUUUAACUGCGUCCUUAUCUUCAUAGCUAUUAGAGAAAGCCAGGCAAGUAAUCGUUUUGAUGGAAAAAAUCUUCUAAAUUUUAUGGUUGAAUUACCUUACUCAGUUUAGCCAAAACCUGAUAAAAUGACCAAAUGGUAAUUAUAUUUCAAUCUAAUGAUUUUGUGCGUAUGUUAUAUGGGAUCGAUCAUGUAUGGGGACAUAAUCCCAUUUACAAUGAGUGAGGAACUAUUAGGAAUAUUUCAAAUGAUCUUUGGAAGAAUGUUUAUUUCUUUCUUGUUCGCUGAAAUUUCAAGUUACGUUUCUUCAAAAUACUCAACUUUCAAUAAUCACAUCUAAACAAAAAACAGAAUCACAAAAUGGAUGUAACUUAAUAACAUUGAUUAGUAAAUAAGAAAGAGAAUUAUUAAGCAUUUUGAUUUCAAAUGGGAAAACCAAAAAGGAAUUGAAGAAUAAAAAAUCAUCAAAGAUUUACCUGCAGAUCUUCGAGUCAAUGUAAAAAAUUACAUUUUUAGCAACCUGAUAUCUCAUUCAGAUGUAUUUCCAAAAGAUGAUCUUGGAUUUUUUUCAACUGUAACAGCUAAACUCCAAAGAAGGAUAGCACCAAAGAAUGAAUUCAUCAUUAAAUAAGGAGAGCUGGCCACUGAGAUGUUUUUUAUUCUUAAAGGUGAAGUAAUUGUUGUCACUGAGGAUGGUGUUGAAGUUGCUACACUAAAAAAGUACAUGCAUUUUGGAGAAAUGGCUCUUAUUGAAAGAAAAGUUUAAUUGAGAAGUACAUCAGUAAGAGCCUCAACAGAUGUAGUCUUAGCUGUUCUAACUCAAAAAGAUUUUGAUCUUAUUUGUCACCACUACCCAGAAUUCUAUAAUCAAAUGCAAAGAAUCGGUGAAAUAAGGUUUAAAGACUCUCUCUCAAAAGGAGUAAUAAUAUCAAAUGAAAGAAAAAGUAAUGUUGAAAACAAGUAACUAAUAAGAUUUUUGACAUAGAAAAAAUCAUUUGCAUUGAAGAAAAAUAAUAAUAGUAGCAAUAAGAAAUAGGAUGAUGACUAGUUAUCAAUGAUUGAGGAGGAGUCAAAAAGAGAAUCAGAUUUGCAGAAUCAUGAUUAGGGAAAAGGAAGCAAUAACAAUGAUCAGAGUCUACUUAGUGAAGAUAGUUCAUUAAGGGAUGAAGCUGAGGAAAGUUAGAAACUUAAAAUACAAGAAGUUUUGGAUGGAGAUUAACCUUAACUUUAAAUUAAAAAUAAAUCAGUUGUUAGUAGUAGUACUAGCAAUAUAAAUACAAAUAGUUUAGAUCGCAAUAAAUAGCCAAGAUUAUCUAAUGAGCCUUAAGAGCAAAAAUAAACCCCAGAGAUAUAUCCAGGAAUUAUCUAAUUAUAGACUAUAACAGAGAACAUCACAACUGAGGCGUUUAAUACAAGAAGAAAUACCAUAGAGAUAGAAUAGGAUGGUUUUGUUAAAAUCUGGGAAGCUCCUAAGCUUUUGAGUAGUGUUGGUGAUUUAGGUUAAUACUUCAAGAAUGUAAGAGGUACAACUAAGAAAAUUUACAGAAAAAUUGUUGCAAUAUUUUUAGCAUAAGCUUUGAGACAUUUUCUUCUUUUUUCUCUUGUGCUCUACAAUAUAAUUUUCAUACCUUUGCAGAUGGGAUUCAGCAUUAGAUUUGAGAAGCAAUACUUAUUUUUAGAAUUGAUUACUCUUUCAGUCUAUUUUAUUGAUCUUGGCAUCAUUGCUAGGUCUAUUAAAUAACUUGCAAAACAAAGGAAUCCUUCAAGUGUAACGCCAGCUGGUGUAGAGUCUUAGUCUAAACUUAUUCAUGAUUAGGAUGAAUUGUCAAGAAGACUUAGAUUUUUGAAAUUAAACUUUAUUUCAACCUUAAUUGGAGUUGUACCUUUUUCUUGGAUUUUCCAAGAUGUUACAUCUCCACUAUUUCUUAUAAAUUUUCUGAGAGUAUUGAGACUUGUAAAGAUAUGGCCUUUCUACAGAGUGAUUCAAAUCUUCAAAAAGAUCAAUGUCAAUUUUGUUAGGUGGAUAGAAGUGCUCAUCACAUACUAUAUUGUAGGCCAUAUUGUAGCAGGAGUUAUGUUAAGUGAAGCUUUAACUACUGAAGAUAUAAGAAUGACAUGGCUAAAUAGAUUACCUUCUCCAUUGUCAUCUGGAGUGAGAACAGAAAACAAUCUUGAUGGCUUAACAAAUAGUUCAUUAUAUAUUCACGCAAUAUACUUUGUGACAAAUACCAUUUCCCAUGUGGCUAUUGGAGAUAUUACUACUGUUAGUACUGAUGAGAGAGCUUUAAACUCAUUCAUUGUCUGGAAUCUUACAUUUUUUUAUGCUUUCUGUUUCGCAAAUAUUGCAUCAAUUGUUGGAGAUUUUCUAGGCAAUAAUUUCCUUAACUUUCAUGAAAAGUUCAGUAAUGUUAUGUCUAUGAUUCCUUAAGAUAAAGUUCCAAAGUCAAUUGUCAAUAAAGUCAGUAGCUACUAUGAUUAUAUAUGGGCUCAUUCUCAGGGGUACAAUGAGACAACUGAGAUAUUUGGUGAACUUCCAACAUAAUUAAAGUAUGAUGUAAUGAUGUGCAGAUAUUAAGAAGCCAUAUAAAACUCUUUAAUAUUCAAAAAUGAGUUUGGUCAGAUUGAUGUUCCUAUGGUAAACUCAAUAUUUGAGCUUAUGAAAAUCAGAAUAUACAUGCCAAAUGAGUUUAUAAUAAAAUGCGGAAGUUAUGGAAGAAGUCUCUACCUAUUUUUAGAUGGGGAAGCCUUGGUAUUUGGAAUAAACAAUGAAUUGCUUUGCAUCUUGACUAGUGGUACUCACUUUAAUAAUCAUAUGGGCGAUAUACCUGAAUACGAUUUUGAGGGAAAGAGACUCUGUCAUUUGAUUGCAAAGUCAUUAACUAUUGUUGGAGUUAUAGAGGAAGAUUCUGUAAAAGACUUGUUUGAAGCUUUUCCAUACUGGAAAUUAGUAAUUACGAAACUGAAUAGAUCUCUUUAAAAGAGAGCUAGAUAAACUCUUUAAAAAUAUAUGCAAUAAAUUGGUGCUGAUCCAAACCAAGUGAGAGAAUUAAAAGCAAUAGAAAAUCAUUUAACAUACAGUGAUGAUAGUGUUUAUGAAGGUAUACUUUAUAAACUUGAAGAUCCCAAGCAUCGUUUUGUCUAUUAAACUGAAUCGGAGUUGUAUAAACGCUUUGACUUUCUCCAGAACUAAAUCAAAAUAUUUUAAUAGGAAACAGGAAUCAUGCAUGUCAAGAGGACGCCAGAGACAUCAAAUGAUGGGUCUAUUAUUGCUAGAUCUACACCUUCAAUGGGUAGUUAUCAGUUUAACUACACUUUUGAGUCCUAUCAAAGAGGAGGAACUAAUCAAAUCAAUAAGUGUUGCAGGAAAAUUUUCUUCUCUUCACACUCCAAAUUGAGAAAGCUAUUGGAUCUUUUACACUUAUUAAAUAUGAUUUACAUUGCAAUAGCUUUACCAUUGCAGAUAGCUUUUAUAGAUUAAAUGAAGACAACAAUUAUUCUUGAAAUAACUAGCAUCCUCUUACAGAUAUUAAUAAUUUUUGUGAAUUUUAGAACUCCUAUUAUCUUUAGAGGUGGGUACUCGCUCGAUUUUAGAUUAGUCCUUAGAAACUAUUUAAAUAAUGGACUGGUUUACGACUUAUUUGGGAUAUUACCUCUAAACUGCAUUUUAGGCUACUUCAACAUUAAAUUUCCAAAUAUAAUCAUAGUCUCGAUAUUCAGAUUACUUAGAAUCAUUAGUAUUCAGAAGUUACUUUAUGUUUUCGAAAAAUUUGAGAUACACUUAAAAUCUAUGAACAUUUUUAUGUAUAUUGUUAAGACUAUUUUAAUUCUGUAUCUACUCUGGCAUUGGACAGCAUGCUCUUGGUUUUAUAUAAAUAAGAGAAUUGAGCCUGAUUUGUAUGAAAUGACAUGGUAUAAAACAUUCAGAAUGGAUGAAAAAGAACUGAUAGACUAAUACCUUUUGAGUUUUUAUUAUGUGAUUAAGAUUGUUACAGGAGUUGGUCAAAGUGAUAUGAUAACUUAUAACGAUCUCGAAAGAAUUUGCUUUAUGAUUAUGAUAAAUAUAGGAGAUACUUUAUUUGCUUUUGCCUUUGGAUUGAUCGCCUCUAUUUAGAUGCACAUAUCUUAAAACAAUGAAUUCUAAAAAUUCCUAUAGAAAAUGAAACAGAUAGAUGAAUUUCUUGAGUCAAUCAACUUUGAUAAAGCAUAGAGCAGAAGAGUUGAAUAAUACUACUCCUACAGUUUUUACAUGAAAAAUAAGACAAACUUGAUUGAAACGAAAGACUUAAAAGGUUAUUUGCCGUAUUGUCUUCUUAAAGAUGUAAUCUAUUACUCACAAAGAGAAAUACUGAUACCAAUGUUUAGAUUGUUCAAAUCAGAUAAUCUAAUCAGAGAAGUAUCCUCUGUGCUUACGAAUUUAAUAUACAUGCCAGGCGACUACAUUAUUUUUAAGGAUUAAAUAGCUGAGGAGAUGUACUUUAUAGUAGAGGGUUAAGUUCAAAUUAUAGCAGCUGAUAAGUAAACUGUACUUAAAACCCUCAAUAAAGGCAAUUACUUUGGAGAGAUAGCUAUUUUCAUGCAUACAAAGAGAAUAUCCUAUGUCUAAGCGAAUACAUUCUGUGUAGUAGCAAUGCUAAGGAAAACUGACUUAGAUGAUAUAAUCAUAAAUUUCCCUGAAGUUGCAAAGCAGUUCAGCCAGGAAGCCUAAAAACGAAUCGACGAAACAAAAGAGCUAGAAAAAAAGAAGUUAGCUGAGUCUGAAAAUUAUGUAGAUGAUAUCGGCGAUGAUGACUAAGAAUUAAGUUUUAUUGAAGCAAUCAAUAAUAAACUUGAGAACUCCUAUUACACUAUGUAAUCUGAUUAAUCAAAUGCAAGUCUAAUGAAGCAACUUAAAAAGAAGAGCAACAAUAUUGAUGAUCAUCAGUUGUUGGCCUAACUAAGCCCUAAUAAGGAAGGAAGUAGCAAUACAUUUUUCGAUAGAACUGGUAGAAAAGGUCCAUAGAUUGUUGUUAGCAAAAUGUCGCUAAAACAGUAAAUAGAUCAUGCAUGGAGUAGCUAUACUGAGGAAUCUAAAUAGAUAAAAGAGAGUGAUAAUGAAAGCAAUAGUUCUUCAAAUGAAAACAACUCACACAGCAUCAGUAGGAGUAAGAAAUCAAAGUAAGACUACAAUAUCAAUAUUAAUAUCGAGCGAGAUUCUGUCACAGCUUCAGAAUAGAACGAUGAAAAUAAUAUUGAGGAACUUAAAUUGAAUUUUAAGAAGAAAGAGAAGCAAGAAGAACCGUUAUCAAGUGUUCCUUCUCAUGCCUAUGAUAUCUCAAGUUCAGACAGCGAGAAGUCUCAUAAAGAUAAUUCCCAUAACAACAGUAUCAAUGAGAUUAGAAAAGUUAGACUCAGACAAAACAGUAUUCUAAGUCCUUUGCCUAAUAUGAAUAAACAUAAAAGCUACAAUAAGUUCUAGCAAGACAAUUUACUUGCAGAUAAAAUGCUUCAGGAAAACGAUAUUGAGUCAAAUAGUGUUGCCACUCCCAAAAGAACAAAGUAAUCUAUUAAGCAAAGAAGAAAUACUGAGAUUCUUCCAAACAGAUUAGCCUUUGAGUUCGGAAAGACUAAAUUCCAGUCAAGUAAUAAACUUGGUAAAAAGGAGAGUAUUAAAAAAGAACCGCUUCCAAUGGAAAUAUUCAAAGUCUCGAUAAAUAAGAAAGAAGAAAUGGAAGCCAAAAUGGAAAAAGUCUCAAUCAGAAGACUGCCUGCAAAAACAAAAUAGAAGAGAAGGCUGAGCAAGAUAUCAUUGGGCAAAAACUUGAUGCUAAGUUAAACUGCUGGACUUAAACUUUAGUGGACUGUUGGAAAAUGA